UGACACAGAAACACAUGGCACCCCCUCGUGAAUUCCCAUCUCCCCAAUUUCACUUUCGAAACUUCACACAACACAAAAAAAAAAAAUCUUCUCCACUCCAGUACUGAAAUUUUCCCAUUUCCUUAAAUUAAGUAGCACAUCAGAAACAGAGAUUCAUUAUUCAUAAAGCAAAAAUCCAAUAAAAAUAAAAAUGUAGACAUAGAUUUUGUUGGAAAACAAAGGGCAUACAUAGUGAAGCAGCUACGAGGAAGGUCACGAACAUGAAUGUAAUGAAUUGAAAUCGAUCCACGUUUCAAUUGACAUCCAUCCACAUCUAUAAAUACCAACGACAAUGUUCCGCAGAUUAUAUUACUACUUAGCAGCUAGCUAUUACAAUUUACAACAUUGACACAAAGAUUGAAAUUUAACUAUAAUAGUAUAAUUAACAAGAUUGAAUUGCAUGGACAUGCCUUCUUCUAGUUCAAGCCAUGUUGUUGGCGCUGCUUCCUCUGCAUACCGUGGCGUCCGCAAGAGGAAAUGGGGGAAGUGGGUGUCAGAAAUCCGCGAGCCAGGAACCAAGACAAGAAUCUGGCUCGGCAGUUUCGAGACUCCCGAGAUGGCGGCGGCAGCAUACGACGUCGCAGCGUUGCAUUUCAGGGGCCGCGACGCCAGGCUCAACUUCCCUGAGCUCGCCAGCACCCUGCCACGCCCCGUCAGUAACAAUGCUGACCACAUACGCAUGGCGGCGCACCAGGCCGCUCUCAGGCUCCGGACAAACCCCGCCGCUCCCGACACCGCUGGCUCCGCCGGUUCCUCCUCCUCUGCUCCCCUCACCGUGAGGCUCUCCCCCACUCAGAUUCAGGCCAUCAAUGACUCCCCCAUGGACUCACCACAAACUUGGAUGCAAAUGCCUGACACUUUCAUGAUGCAUGAUCAGUCCAUGAUGUUCGCAAGCAACGGCUAUUCGUUUGAGGACAACGAGUGGGAGCAUAUGCAGAAUGAUUCUCUUUGGGAUCCUUAGAUACAUAUACACAUACGCACAUACGUACGCAUCACGUACGGUAUAUCAUACUAGUAUUAGUAUUUGAAUUAAUUAACUGUGGUUACGCUACAUUACAUUAAUUACGCAUAUCAUGUGACUUGUCAAUUAAUUAAGGUGAGGUGACAAAAAAUUGAUGUGUGAGUAGAUGGGUGGUGGGAUGGUGACGCCAGCUCUCUCUCCAUUUGACUUGUCCUAGAUUUUUUUAAAAAAACAAGAGCUGGUAAAGGAACAGGUCAUUGUUUUCUUUUAUUUCUUUCUUCCAGAAAUCAAAGAGGCAAAUUGAGUAAACAGUGAGAUUUGAAUUGAAGAUGGAUUAUGAAAGCAAUAAUGGCGGAUUGAGAAGGGGGACUACUAACUGUUUCAUGGAAUAGCAAUGGCAAUGGAAUUCCAUAUUUGCACGAGGAGGGUCCCAUUAGUGAUUAGUGUGACUAUCAAAUAAGUAUAUAUGGUUUAUUCAUAUUCAUAUAGUGAGUGGGUGGGAUUUGUUUUUGUGUACCAGAUGGGCCACGAACUCUGUUUUAUUGGCUGUGGAAGAGUGUGGUGUGGUUUUAUUCUUAUUAAAUAAACUAAGAUGGAUGUAUUGGAAGUCCAUUUGUCACAAGCAGAUGAAGGAGUUUAACUAUGUUUUCUUUUUGUCUGA